AUGGAUAUUGAGGAAACUAAUGCAAUUUUUGAUAUUGAAGGCUUUAUUGAAUACUACCUACCUGGAUGACUGUUAGCUUAUACUAUCAACUAUUUCUGCGGAGGAGUUUCAACAAUAAAAGCAGGGGCUGCAACUGACGCUGAUGAAGGAGAUAAUUUUUAUGAUAAUGACUGAGUAAAUAUGAAUGCUGGAAAAGUAAUUUCUAUUGAUCUAAGACCCCUGCAAAAAUCAAAUGAAGACACAUGUAAGGAAUGUGCUUUUAUCGCAGCAACAUGUGGAAUGAAAAAACUGAUUCCUCCAACAUUUCUCACUCCUUCAAAAUUUAUCAGCCUAUCUUUGGUAGAAGCUAUGAACCAAAUAAACGUGAAUAUCCGUGAAUUUAAGAAAAAGGCUAUAAAAAAAUAUAAAAAUUUUUUUCGCAAACAAUAA